UUACCGAGGAUGCAUAAAUGGCAGAGGACAGUACGCGCCCCUGGAUGUGAGCUGCUGAAGUCGCAGCCACUCCACUCCAUGUUUUGCCCUGCCCUGUGCGCUCUGCUCGCUGUGCAGCGUGCGUCUCCGUUGCAUUUCGCUUUCCUCACACUGACAUAAACACGGGGCAGCGGUGUGUGCGUGCGCUGGAGAAGUUGUUGGCACACUGAGCACCAGGUAGCUUCUUCACGAGGAUUUUGUUCAGACUGGGACCGAUCUGACUCGUUGGCUAUUUCUUUUCUUUUCGAGGGGAAAAUGAGGUGGAAGCACCAGCAUCUAAAGUGAGGAGUCUCUCUCCCUUUCUCUAUUUUAAAAAAUGAAAAUCUGAUCGCGCAGACUGGAGAAAUCAUUCAAUCAGGCUUUGUUUUUUGGGGAUUUCUCUUAUUCUAUCGGAUCUCUUAUUUCUCUGUGAAACAUUAUCAAGGAUUUCACUGAUGUAUGCGAUGUGGAGACUGCAAGUCGCCUUAUGUACUCUGUCGGUGCUGUCCCUGUCAUCCGGUGGUGAAAGCAAAGCGCGGAGCUGUAGCGAGGUUAGACAAGCUUAUAACGCUAAAGGAUUCAGCCUCGUCAAUGUACCUCAUCAGGAAAUAUCAGGUGAGCACCUGCGUGUCUGUCCUCAGGGAUACACCUGCUGCACGUCAGAGAUGGAGGACAAACUUAACCAGCAGAGCAAACUGGAGUUUGAGAAAUUGGUUGAGGAGAGCAGCCACAAAAUGAGAACAACAUUUGUCUCCAGGCAUAAAAAGUUUGAUGAGUUUUUCUUGGAACUGCUGGACAAUUCUGAGAAGUCACUCAACAGUAUGUUCACACGGACAUACGGGAAGCUGUAUAUGCAGAACUCUGAAGUAUUCCAGGACCUGUUCACUGAGCUAAAGCGCUACUACACGGGGGGCAACGUCAACUUGGAAGAGAUGCUGAAUGACUUCUGGUCCAGGCUGCUGGAACGCAUGUUCCAGUUACUUAACUCCCAGUACCACUUUACAGAUGACUACCUGGAGUGCGUCAGUAAAUACACAGAUCAACUAAAGCCUUUUGGAGACAUUCCCAGAAAACUUAAGGCCCAGGUCACCAGAGCGUUCAUCGCUGCACGGACGUUUGUCCAGGGGCUAAUGGUGGGUCGGGAAGUUGCCAACAGGGUCGCUAAGGUGAAUGUAGCUCCAGCAUGUGUUAAAGCCUUGACCAGGAUGCUGUACUGUCCAUACUGUCGUGGAAUGCCUGGGCUCAAACCCUGUCCCAACUACUGUCACAACGUAAUGAGAGGCUGUCUAGCAAACCAGGCAGACCUAGAUUCUGAAUGGAACCUCUUCAUUGAUGCCAUGCUGCUGGUGGCAGACAGGCUGCAAGGCCCCUCCAAUAUUGAAGCAGUUAUACAACCAAUUGACAUCAAGAUCUCUGAUGCUAUCAUGACUAUGCAGGACAACAGCAUGCAAGUGUCAGCCAAGGUCUUUCAAGGGUGUGGCCAACCAAAGCCAUCAGGAAUAGGCAGGUCUGCGCGGGGCAUCUCAGAUGUGUUCAGCGGGCGUUUCAGGCCCUACACCCCUGAGGAGAGGCCAACCACUGCAGCUGGAACUAGCCUGGAUAGACUGAGGGCUGUCUGGAGGACAAUGCAACACAGUGUGAUUGACAUCAAAGAGAAGCUCAAGGAGUCCAGAAGGUUCUGGUCCAACUUGCCAGAUGACAUCUGUGCCAAGGGCAAACUCACAGAGCCCGAUGAGGAGCAGUGCUGGAACAGCCACACUAAGGGCAGAUAUUUUCCUGAAGUGGUGAAGGAGGGUCUAACCAAUCAGGUUAACAACCCGGAGGUGGAAGUGGAUAUCACCAGGCCCGACACGCUGAUUCGGCAACAGAUCAUGGCGCUACGUGUCAUGACCAACAAGCUGAAGAACGCAUACAACGGAAAUGACAUCUACUUCCAGGACUCCAGUGACGAGGGCAGCAGCUCCGGCAGCGGCAGCGGUUGCUCCGACGGCUGCACAACAGAGUUUAUUUUUGUUGGAACAGAGGCUCCUGUGAUCGGAGCUGACAGAAGCGAUGAGCGCGCAGCAGCCGCGGGCAAGUCAGUUUCCUGCGGACCCUCCGUGCUGCUGCUGACGGUUGCCCUCACACUCCCGCUUUGGGCGAUGCAGACUCAGUGGAGAUAAUACAGUGUGGCCCGCAUUACCGCUGACUUUUUUUUACUGUUACGUAACAGUAUGUUUAACAGCAAGUUGUACUGCUGUUCCCUCACUGGACAUGUAGAGCCUCCUGGAAACCUGUUGAGAAUGGCUUACUGUAUGGUGUGGUAGGAGUGAAAGUGAGUGCAGUGCUGCAUCCCGCUUGUCCCCCAAAGAAUGCUUGGUGCCAUCAGUGAACCAGCUUUCACAUCUCUGAAAAUAAAGAAAAUGUGUUUUCUCAUUAUUCUAAAGUGAGUUUUGGAGGGCGAAAAAAAACAAAACAUGCUUCUGUUUUAGAAAUGAAACCCUCUAAAGAUGGUUCUGUCAGUGAUUUUUUUUUCCAGAUAAAAAGGAAUCUAUUUUUCUUUUCCUUUGUAUGAUGAAUGGAGAAAACGAGACGACACCUAUUUUAUCCUAUUAGUCUUCUCCCCCAAAAGGAAAAACAAAAUCAAAAGGAGAAAGUUUUACUGUGUGCAUGCGUGGAUAUGAUGUUAACUGACAAAACAUUUUUUUUUAUUUUUUUGCGUUUUUAUGCAGGCUACAGUUUUUUGGAGUGAUUGUGCAGGUUGUACAGUGCUAGCAGUUCGCCUGGUUUCCCGUUUGGUCAUAUCGACGUGGCUUCAGGAAGCAGCAGGUCUUACAGCCACUUUAUUGUUGCACAUUUGAUUAUCUCUUGAGAAAGUGCUAUCGUACUGCACUAAGAGAACUACUUUGCACAGAUUAUUUUUGUUGGCUUCAUAAGUUUCUACAGCUACAGGAAACAUCCACCCCACAGAGAAAACGAUCUAUAUUUUCAGAUCAUUUAACUGAUUGUAUUGUACUUAUAAACAGUUACAGUAUGUGUUACAGUGGAAGGUACUGUAAUGUAAUCUUACUGGCAAUGGAUACUUUUUUUUAACAAGUGUGUCAUUGUUUCUACAAAUUAUUUGAUCAUCUGUUAAAUAAAAACUAAGAAUGGU